UGUCAGCUGCUGUGGCUGUGGAUAUGGGCCUGAAUCCUUCUCGACUGUAACCCUCAUUUGCCAGGGGAAAUCACUGGUCUGGUUGGUUGUUAGCUGCUGGCAGUGCAUGGCCAAUCACGUAGAUCUCCUGGCUGAGCUUCAGCUCCUUGAGAAGGUGCCAACAGUGGAGCGAUUACGGGCUGCACAGAAACGCAGGGCUCAGCAGCUGAAAAAAUGGGCCCAAUACGAGAAGGAGAUGCAAAGCAAAAAGAGGAGAAAUGACAAAAAGAAAAAUACCUCAAGUCAAAAACGGGUCUCUUUUGCUGCAAAUAUCACUCUUUUGGAAGCAUCUGCAAGAGGUGAUAUAGAAGAAGUGCGUUUUUUACUGAGGAAUAAAAUAAAUCCAGACCUUUGCAAUGAAGAUGGUCUAACUGCUGUGCACCAGUGCUGUAUCGACAAUUACAUCAGUAUUGCCAAGCUUCUCCUGAACAAUGGGGCAAAUGUGAACGCUAAAGAUAAUGAACUGUGGACACCACUUCAUGCAGCAGCCACGUGUGGACACCAGAACAUGGUCAGGAUACUCAUUCAGCAUGGGGCCGACUUGCUGGCUGUGAAUGCCGAUGGAAACAUGCCAUAUGAUCUAUGUGAUGAUGACCCAACACUAGACAUAAUUGAGACAGAAAUGGCCAACAGAGGGGUGACACAAGACAAAAUAAAUGAAAUGCGAGCAGCAACGGAACAGCAAAUGAUAGCUGAUAUGGGAAUCCUGAUGGAGACCAAACACGACUUAAAUGUGAUAGAUGCCCAGGGAGCUACACUGUUACAUAUAGCUGCAGCAAACGGUUACACUCAAGCAGCAGAACUGCUUUUGGAGCAUGGAAUCAGGGUGGAUUCUAAGGACUGCGAUGGCUGGGAGCCCCUACAUGCAGCUACUUGCUGGGGACAGAUGCAGGUUGCAGAACUGCUUGUGUCUCACGGUGCCAGUCUGACAGCGAAAACCCACCUUGAUGAAACUCCAAUCGACCUCUGCGAAGAUGAGGAGAUGAAGACUAUACUAGUGGAUCUAAAGCAUAAACAUGACACCAUUAUGAGGUCACAGCUAAAGCACAAGUCUUCCUUGAAUAGGCGGACAUCAAGUGCAGGAAGCAGAGGGAAGGUGGUGAGGAGGGCAAGUCUUUGUGACAGAACCAACAUGUACAAGAAGGAGCAUGAAAAGGAGGCGAUUGUCUGGCAACAGCUCGCGAAGGAAGAUGAGACAGAGGCGCAGAGCAGCGAUGGAGAGGAGAAGGAGAGCAACUCGGAUCAGGAAAACAAGGACCCAAACAGAGACACAACAACAGAGAAAAAUGGACACCAAUUAUUUGCAGCUGAAUCAAUGGGAAACAACAAAGACAAUAUAUCAGAUGCAUGUAGGGAUGUACCAAAAACAUUAAUGAACACUACCAAUCACACAGCAGCCAAUGGUGACAUCCUAAAGUCCCGCACCUCCCCAAACAGUAACCUGCAGAUUACGGUUAGUCCAACCAUCCAGGAUGUGAAACAUCAGUGGAGCAACUGCCAGGACAGGUCCCACCAAACCCUCUCAGAACUGAAGAAACAGAGGGCAGCAGCCAAAUUAAUGAACUACCCACUGCUGAGUGCACAGCUUAGUAACGGUAUUGGACAUCUUCCAGAAAGCAGCAGUGAGUCUAAGACCCAACACAGUUAUCUGAGUACUUUGCCACAUACUUCCAAUGGCACCCCAAUUUGUUAUACAGAAACGAGUGGGGACCCACCCAUUUUGAAGCUUAAAGCCCCCAUAGAUGAACCUGAAGAGAAAGUUCUAGGGUGCUGCAGAAUAUCAUAGAUGACACUCUUAUGUUUUUAUUUAAUUAACCUUCAAUGUCAUGUCUUGUUUUGUAGUUGUUGAUACACAAGACCCAAUGUAUGACUGAGACAAUCGCACUUUAUACCACUUUCUGCUUAAAGACAAUCCUUCUGCUGCCAUGACAUCUGAAAACAAUGAUCUGACAAUGGAGAUGCUACUGAAAUAGUUCUGCUUGUUGAAUAAGCCAUCUUGCAGGGGCCAUUUCUGUGAUGACAGGAGUUCCGAGCAGCGCAGUAAGGAAAAUGACUUGGGGCACUUUUUGCAAAGAAUUGGUAAUAACAAAAAAAAGACUGUUGCCAGUUCUGCUUUUAGUAUUAAAGGACAUUUUAAAAAAGGAAAUAUAUUUGUAUUUAAGAGAGUUAUUUUUUACAGGUAUUAACUGAUAUUUAUCAAAUGCACCAAAUGCCAUCAAUGAGCAGUUUCAUUGCUUACCAUCCCUAUGUCACUUUUAAGUUAUGUCAUGUAUCUGAACCAGAAUGAGAUAAUGGCUCCCCUUAAAUCUUUUGUUCCUUGCUAUAUAACAACUUAUAAUGAAAACAUUGUGUUAACUAGGAUUUCAGGUGACUGUAAGCGUAUUUAAAACAACAGGACCAUUACUAUUUCUUUUUAGGGCAGGAUUUAUUGCAUAUACUAUGAAGUGUAGUAUUCUUGUGUUUGAUUUGACUUUACAUAUGUAGAUGACAUAGUAUUUGAAUGAACUUGGCAAGUUAUAAAACAUGGAAUGUAAGAUGUACUGUGAGUUAACCAGCUCUGUAGUAUAUGGAGUAAAGCCUUUACUAUGAUGUCCUGCCUUCAAUUAAUGACCCAGACACUCUAGAGUCAGUGUGAGGGGUAAGAAGAGUAAUAAAUCAACACUUGUUCCUCUGAAAGAGUCGGAAGUAUGUCCCCAAAGUGUGUAAUCCAUGCUUGUAACAGGACUGGAAAAAUAUAUAUGUAUGUACGUAUAUGGUGUGUGUGUAAACACACACAUGCAUUUUAUGUGCAUGUGGUAAAUACAUUUCAUCAACUGCCCAGUAAACUGAUUAUAAUUAAAAGAUGCUGUCACAAACAAUCAUAUGCACAACACAUUGGAAGGCAACAGCUGUAAUAUUAGUUAAGAGUGUAGUGUGGUAUAGUGAUUUAGUAGGAUUAGGAGGUGAGAAUGGGGGAGUGGGGUGCACAGUCCUACAACUGUGAGUGGCUUUGGCAUCUGUAUGUAUGUAUGCUGCAUAUUAUGGUGAUCAUGUGUUAGAGUUCCUUUGUUACAGUUUAAGUCCAGUGCUGAGAGUAGUGAUCAGUAAGGUUUGAUAGGAUAUGAGCCAAUCACUUGUGCAUGGAAUCAAAUGCUAUAUGUCACAUCAGUAUCAGUAAGAAAGAAAUGCUAUAAGUGGUGUACUGAGCAGCACUAAACCUUAAUCUCAUAAACCAGUAGAUAGUUAUCUCUAAUGUACAACCAUGUAGAAGACCUCUGAUCUCCGUUACGUUUGGACUUUAAUCAUUGUGUGCUUACUUACAACGUUUUGAACAUCUGUAAUAAGAAACAAAGAACAUAACAAUGAAUGUAGCUGGAAAGCUAUGUUUUGCAAUAGAUCCUGCCCUUGUAUGUCUGUUUAAGUAUUGCUUCUAGUAACAGUGCACCAAGGUAUAAGGUCACAUGCAUGAAAUAGUAGGUAGUAUGGUGGUGUUAACAGGAUGGUCACCUGCAAGCAACAUUUACCAUACUAAAACGUAUAAAACAUUCAUCAUUGUUGUACCUGGAGUGGGACCAGCACAUGUAGUGUUAGAAAUAUUUAGCACAAUGUUUUGCAGAAUACUCUGCAGUGCAAAUAUCAUGAUUUAAUCUGUUUUUGCAACAAUAGACUUAAGAUUUAUCAUGCUAUAUCAUUGCCUUGUGUUAUUGUAAAAUCUCUGCUUAAAAAUGGACAUGUUUAGGUUGGAACCAUGAAAAAUCUGGAAGAUCAGAGAGUGAAUCAAUAAAUAAACUGGUCCAUGGUGACAAUCUUUUUAAAUA